AUGGAAUUCAUAAAGCUUCAGACAGAAAUUAUAAAUCAAUUGAAUAAAGCUAAAAUAAAUUAUAAGAAAAGUCCUAAAGAACGAUUAACAGCUCGUAAUAUUGAAACCAGAAUAAAAUUAGCGGAAGAAAAAUGGACUGAAUUUUCAAGCAAUCAUUCUGCAAUUAUUAAAAGCAAGCAAGACGUAUCAGCGUCAGACUACAUUAAAAAUGAUCAUUUUCAAGAAACAGAAAUGUUUUAUAUUGAUUUUAUUGCGGAAAUGAAAGAAAAAUUUGACCAACUUUUGGAACAACCAAGAAUUGUAUAUGAUAAGCAUAUAAUGUCAUCUUCUAAUGUAAAAUUGCCUAAGAUUUCGAUUCCAACCUUUUCAGGACAAUAUUCCGAAUGGAUGAGUUUCAGGGAUUUAUUUGUAUCACUCAUUCAUAAGAGUUCUAUGGAAGAUGUACAGAAGCUUCAUUACUUGAAAGGAUAUUUGACAGGUGAAGCUGAAAAGUUAUUGCGUCACAUUCCUAUUACAAAUGAAAAUUACGAACAGUGUUGGAAAAUUUUACAAGAUAGAUAUGACAAUAAACAGUUUUUGGCAAAUUGUAUUUUGAAAAAAUUUUUUAGUCAAAGGAACGUUACAACAGAGUCUGCAACUGCUAUAAAAGAAUUACUUGAUAAUACGACUGAUACCUUAAACGGGCUUAAAAGCAUUGGUAUUAAUACGGAUUCUUGGGACUUAAUUAUAAUUUAUAUUGUUUGUUCUAAGCUGGAUCAAGAAACUCACAAACAAUGGGAGUCGAGAGUAAGUGAAACUGUCUCUAGGUCAAAGGAACUACCAUCUUUUUCUCAAUUUAAAGAGUUUUUGGAAAAUAAAUACCAUUCUUUGGAGUUUCUAGAUUCAAAAGGUACAAUAAAAAAGUUAUCUAAUCACAGCAAUGUAUGUAACAUAAAAAAUUCUAAUGCACUUGUAAACCUUCAUAUCAAUCCAUCACCUUGUGUAUAUUGUAAUGGUGAUCAUAGGAUCAGUAAUUGUAAAAGAUUUUCAGGUUUACAAUGUUUUGAUAAACGUAACUUUGUCCAACAAAACAAGUUAUGCUUCAAUUGUUUAGGUAAUAAUCAUUCAGUAAAACAGUGCCGUAUAACCACCUCAUGCCAAAUAUGUCGUAGACGACAUCAUUCACUUUUGCAUCCCAAAAAUGUAAUCUCAAUAAAUGGCAAUAAUGAUUCAGAUGUAUCUAGAGGGAAGGAGUCGGUAAAAACAGGACAGCCCACUAGAACAGCCUUACAACCAGAAACUUUAGAGGAAUCUCAUCAAAAUAUUGCAAGUCAUUUCUUAAAGGAGCCUAUUCAUCAUGUUUUACUAGCUACAGCUUUAGUGAACGUGAAAUAUAGGAAUGACUAUCAAACAAUGCGAGCAUUGAUAGAUCAAGGCUCGCAGGCCAGCUUUAUCACAGAGUCGGCGGUACAGUUACUCGGGUUAAAAAAGACUAAGACAAAUGUUAUGGUUUCAGGUUUAGGAGCAGAAAAAAGUUUGGUCUCAAAAUCUACAGUAGAUUUGACAAUUCAUUCAAGGUACGAUACAAAUUCAUGUCUACAUGUGACAGCAUAUGUUUUAGAGAAGUUGACAUCAUACUUACCUUCUACUAAUGUUGAUCUCUUGCAUUGGCCAGAGCUGAAACAACUCAACUUGGCAGACCCAAGUUUCCACAAACCUAAUAAAAUUGACAUUUUAUUAGGGGCAGAAGUUUAUGCACUUAUCAUUAUGGAAGGACUACUUAAAUAUCCCUCAGGAUCUACAGUAGCUCAAAAUACAUCUUUGGGGUGGAUAUUAAGUGGACAGUUGCAUUCUAAUACACCUUACUGUAACGUAGUGAGUUUACAUGGUGAAGUUCAUCUCGAUAGUUUAAUUCGCUCAUUUUGGGAAUUGGAAGCCGAACCAAAUUUAUCUAAGACAAUUUUAACGGAAGAGGAACAAAAUUGUGAACAAUUAUAUGAAUCGACUACGGUAAGGGAUAAUGAUGGCAGAUAUAUAGUUCGACUUCCGUUUCGAAAUGAACAUCCAUUAUGUUUAGAAGGAAAAUCAAAACAAAUUGCGCUUCGUAGGUUUGCUUCUCUGGAAAAAAGGUUACAGAAGAAUUCUGAUAUGAAUGUAGAGUUUAAGAAAAUUUUUGACGAAUAUUUGCACUUAAAUCACAUGGAGAUAGUACCAAAAGAAGAAUUAGAUUUACCAGCUAUUUACUUACCAUAUCAUGCUGUUAUAAAAGAAGAUAGGGAGACAACUAAAGUGCGUAUAGUUUUUGAUGCCUCAUGUAAAGGCGUAAAUGGAAAAUCUUUAAAUGAUGAUUUGAUGGUUGGCCCUAAACUUCAAUCGAAUUUACGCCAUAUUAUCAUGAGAUGGAGAACUCAUCCAGUUUGUUUUAUUGCAGAUGUUGUCAAAAUGUACCGACAGGUUAAGGUAAAUCAAAGGGAUACUGAUUUUCAACGCAUUUUGUGGCGUGAGAAUAGCGAGCAAGAGUUAAAAGAAUACAGAUUACUAAGAUUGACAUUUGGUACCUCUUCAGCUCCAUACUUAGCAAUCAAAAGUUUGAUUCAGUUGGCUAUUGAUGAAGGACAAAAUAUACCUUUAGCAGCUGAAAUAGUCAAAAGAGAUUUUUAUGUAGAUGACUUAAUGUCUGGAUGUCAAAACGAGAAGGAAGCUACAAAAUUAUAUUAUCAGAUUAAUAAAUUACUCAACAAAGGUGGAUUUGAAUUGCAAAAAUGGUCAAGCAACAACGAUACAUUUUUGAAUACUAUACGGAAUGAGAAGAAGGAAAAUAGUGAUCACAAAAUUUUGGAACUAAAAGAAGACCCUGUAAAUAAAAUUUUGGGACUUACCUGGAAUCGAAAAAACGAUGAGUUUGAAUAUGCAGUCAGACUUCCACCGUUAUCAUUUCCAGUUACUAAAAGAAAGGUCAUAUCUGAUAUUUCACGUUUGUAUGAUCCAUUAGGAUGGAUACAACCAAGUAUAGUCAGCGCAAAGGUUUUUAUUCAAAAGAUGUGGUUAGAAAAAUUAGAUUGGGAUGAAGAAUUACCUCCACAUUUUUUGAAUUAUUGGCUUACAUAUAGAGAUGAAUUAUCCAAACUUACCGAGUUCAGGUUACCUCGUUGGAUGAAAUGUGAAAACAACAAUGAGCUUGUUGAGCUACAUGGAUUUUCAGAUGCGUCUUCAUUAGCAUAUAGUGCAGUUGUCUACCUGCGAGUUAUUGAUAGUGAUGGACAAGUCCAUGUAAAUCUGGUGACUGGCAAAUCUAAGGUAGCUCCUAAUAGUCAAUUAUCUAUACCUAGACUUGAAUUAUGUGGAGCUCUUUUACUAACUAAAUUACUUAUAGAAGUUUCUGAAGUUCUGGGAAUUUCUAAAAACCACUUGAAGGCAUGGACUGAUUCAGAAAUAGUAUUGGCGUGGUUAAGCUCUCAUCCAAGUAGGUGGAAAACAUAUAUCGGUAACAGAGUGGCGGAAAUAUUACAAUAUUUAGAUCGUACUCACUGGUUUCAUGUACAGUCAGAAGACAAUUCCGCUGAUUGCGCAUCUCGUGGCAUUGCUCCAUCUGAAAUCGCUUAUCAUCGACUUUGGUUAGAAGGUGCAUCCUGGUUACGUAAUAAGAAAAUUGAUUAUCCUUUUUCUAAAUUUGUGAAUACAAACAUAGAAGAAAGAAUUGUAAAAAUACACAGUGCAGCAGUAAAUACUGUCGAUGAUCAGGAUGCCAUGUGGUAUAAAUUUUCUUCAUUGAUGAAACUGCUAAGAGUGGUUGCCUAUUGUCGAAGAUUCCUGAAAAAGAAAAAAGAUAUUAGUGCAUAUUUGAAAACAGAAGAAAUAAAAGAAGCAUUACAUAUAAUGAUAAAGAAAGCACAAAUAAAAGAAUUUAAUGAGGAAAUAGAAACAUUAAAAAAGGGUAAUUUUAUACAAAAGAAAAGUAAACUUAUCUCAUUUAAUCCAUUCUUAGACGACAAAGGCAUACUUCGCAUUGGUGGACGGAUUUAUCAUGCUACAGUCAACAGAGAUACAAAACAUCCAGCAUUGAUUCCUCACGAUUCUUAUUUAGCUGGGGUGCUCGUCCGUGAGGCUCAUAUUAGAACACUACACGGUGGACCUCAAGUAAUGAUCAAUUACCUGAGAUCUAAAUAUUGGAUACUUAGAGAUAAAUCGCUUGUAAAAAAUCAUUUUCGAAAAUGCGUUACUUGUAUACGUUUUUCCGCUCAAAACCAAACUCAGCUGAUGGGCCAGUUACCUCCGUCAAGAGUAAGGCCAAGCAGAGCCUUCUCAUGUAGUGGUGUGGAUUAUGCGGGGCCGAUCAACAUAAGGGUUUCAAAAGGCCGAAGCAAUCGAUCAUAUAAAGGCUAUAUAUGUUUAUUCAUUUGUAUGGCUACUCGAGCAAUUCAUCUAGAGGUUGUAAGCGACAUGAGCUCUGAAAGUUUUCUAGCAGCAUUUAGGCGAUUCACUGCACGACGAGGUCACUGCAUGGAAUUAUUUAGUGACAAUGGCACUAAUUUCGUUGGUGCAGCUCGGGAACUCAAGCAACUUUUUAAUGAAGAAAAGUCAAGAAACAGUAAAAUUGGAGAAUGGUUAGAAUCACACGAUACAAAGUGGCAUUUUAACCCACCACAAGCUCCUAACUUCGGAGGUUUAUGGGAAGCUGGCAUAAAAUCAACCAAAUAUCAUUUAGAAAGAGUAAUUGGAAACUCUACAUUAACUUAUGAGGAGAUGUCAACACUCUUAACGCAAAUUGAGGCUUGCCUAAAUUCUAGGCCUAUGACAUCUAUAACAGACGAUAAAGGUGAAUAUUUUGCUUUAACUCCAAGUCAUUUUCUUGUAGGCGAACCAUUAAUUCCGGCACCAGAUCAUCAAUAUGACACUUCUAUUAAUCUGUUACGACGAUGGCACCUUUGCCAGCGCAUGAUACAGGAUUUUUGGAAACAGUGGUCUCAAGAAUACUUGACCCAUUUUAUGCACAGGUACAAAUGGGCGCAUUCAAAUCCUGAACCAAAAAUUGGAGACGUUGUUUUAGUGAGGGAAACAGACUUGCCUCCUGCUAGGUGGUUAUUAGGGCGUAUAGUGAAAAAACAUCCAGGUGUGGACAAAGUUACGCGUGUUGUAAGUUUACGUUUUAAAAACUCGAUCAUAAAACGGCCUGUGUCAAAAUUAAUUGUAUUACCAAUUUGUGAAGAUAAGUGA